GCAUUCUACGUUUUCUACGAGCAGUACACAACGAUUGUGAUGGAUGCGUGUAUUCAGCUGCUUCUUUCACUCAUUGCGAUUUUCGCAGUGGCCACCAUAUUGCUCGGCUUAGAUCCUUGGUCAGCAUUCAUCAUUGAUCUCACAAUCAGUUGUGUCCUAUUCAACCUCAUUGGUCUCAUGUACUGGUGGAGUAUCGACUUUAAUGCCGUUUCCGUUGUAAAUUUGGUCAUGGUUUUGUCUGGAAUAACAUUAACAAAAUUUGGUGGCAUAUUGGUUUUGGCGUUCGCCCAUUCUCAAAUCUUCAAAGUGUUUUAUUUUCGCAUGUUUUUGGGUAUUGUGCUUAUUGGAGCAACACAUGGUCUCAUCUUUCUUCCCGUUUUGCUCAGUUAUAUCGGUAACCUCUAA